AUGUUCGAAAUGAAGGAGCCCUCCAGCAGCAACAAGAGGGACACGGAGUCUCAGAAGAAGUCGGACGACAACGAGUCUUGCUACAAGAGCCGGGAGAGCGUGCACAAUUUUGGAAAGGGGGGAAAGGGGAGUAGGUACUGCUCUGGAGAAAGGGGCAGCGCGGGGCACUUUAAGUUGGACGACGAGUUUGAGGAGGACGAAGAGGAUGGCCAUGCCAGGGGGAGAAGCAAUGGCAGCAGCAGGGGGAGCGGCAAUGGCAAAGGCAAAGGCAGCAUCAAGGGCAGCAGCAACGGCAGCAGCAACGGCAGCGGAAGCAGCAAUGGCGAGGGCAACCUGGGGGACUACUUCGGGGGGAGGGAGGCCCUGUACAGCAAAGGCGCAGGCAAAAAGAAGGAGGGCCCUAUCGCCCGCAAGGGCAGCGAGUUCUUUUUGAGCGGCGACGAGCUGAGAAGCAGCAACGUUAGCAACGUUAGCAACGUUAGCAACGUCAGCAACGUCAGCAGCGAUGUGAGGAGCGGUAUGCGGAGCGAGCUGCGGAAGGUCCAGACCAAGCUGUGCGUGAAUAGAAGCAAGGCAAAAAAGAGCGGACAAGAAAGAGCUGCCCGGGAGGGGGUGCGCGCGUGCAAGCCGCAGGGCAGCUCCCCCUUGGAGGCCAUCUCCCCCCUCCAGGAUAACUCCCCCCUCCAGGAUAACUCCCCCCUGCAGGACAACACCUUUCGUGGGCAUAGAAGCUUCAACCAGUCGCUCAACUUGACGAAAAACGACAUUAUGCAUUACUGUGAGGGGGGGAGGGUGCUGAAGAGGGAGUUUGCGGAGGGGGCGAUGGGUAAGUCUGGCCUGGCGCUAAACAUGGGUGGCGGUUCUCAUGUGAGCGGGGGGACAUACGUAAGCGUAGGAACGCAUGUAAGCGCCGGUACUCACGUGAGCGGCGGGACCUUCCACGAGGAGGGCUCCUUCUUCAAGCCCGCGAAGCUGCGGAGCGAGCGGGGGAAGGCGCAGAGGAAUGCGAGUCUAGGCUGCAGCUUGAAGAAGGCGAUUAGGGGAAGCGGCGAUGAUGGCGGCGAUGACGGCGGUGAGGUUGGCGGCGAUGACGGCGGAGGCAACCGCCGCGGCGGACUGCUCUUCGCCGAGGUGACCAAGCGGUCCGUCGAAGCGAAGGGGAAGUGCAUCAAUAACAACACAAAGAUAAAGAUAAAGCGGCUCUGCGAAAAGAUCGAGGGGUUCGAAAAGGAAAUCAAAAACGAAAUUUUACAGAAGAAAAACGUAGAGAAGGAAAAAAUCUUUGUCAUUAGGGAAGCUAUUAAUAAAUUGGAAAGGAACCUAAACAGCGAAAUUAAAAAACGGAUUGAGCACAACCGAGCGAUACAGAGCAUCUUCUCCUCGGAGAUACUGAAGGUGCAAGAGAAGAUCGAGCAUGUGGUGCAGGAUAAGGUAGGGGAGAUUGAAAAAGCCAUAAAGGCUCUGAACAGUAAGGUAGAUAGCAUUGCCAGUAAUAUAGAAAGUGAGAGGGUGAAGUGCGUCCAAGGCUUAGAGAAGAGGAACAACAGCAUUGCUCGUGAGUUCGCCAGUCUGCAGGCCGCCUUUCAGCAGGACAAGGCCAGCAACAAGGAGAAGGAGAGCAGCAUCUGCAGGAAGCUGGAGGAGCUGGAGCGCAGGUCCGAGGCCAGGAUCGCCACGGAGAAGAACGUCCGAGACAGCAAGUACCAGGAAAUCGUCUCGUACAUCGAGGAGGUCAAGCGAGAGCGGAAGGGAAAGAACGAAAACUUCCAGAACUUUGUCAUGGAGGAAAUAGCGACGAUCAAGAACGGGCUGAUUCUGGAGUCGCAGGCGCGCGAGGCGGCCGACGACGACAUCGUGCAGGCGGUCAACCACUACACCAAGGCGCUGCAGGACUCGCUCCGCCUCAUCAAUUCGAAUUAG